AUGAGCGCAGCCACUCCGCUACUUGCCCGCACCGGCAUCACAAAACGCUCUUCCAUGUUAGAGGCCGCGGUGAGAGACUGCAAGAUUGUGCUUAAGUCGUCACCGGUCAAUUACUUUUUGGUGUUUGUGCCCAUUGGGCUUGUGUUUGGAUACGGCGACUUGUCGUCGUCAUGGAACUUCGUUUUCAAUUUUCUGGCCAUUAUUCCUCUUGCUGCCAUCCUGGCUUACGCUACAGAGGAACUAGCCGACAAGGCUGGUUCAACUCUGGGUGGGCUUCUGAACGCGACCCUUGGAAAUGCCGUUGAACUAAUUGUGUCGAUCAUUGCGCUCCGAGAGGGUCAAAUCCGCAUCGUACAGGCUUCCAUGCUUGGGAGUCUUCUUUCUAACCUGUUGCUGGUUCUUGGCUUCUGCUUCAUAGCCGGUGGAUACAACAGAAAGCAGCAGACUUUCAACCAGACGGCAGCACAGACCAUGUCGUCGCUGCUGACGAUUUCGUGUGCGUCGUUGCUCAUUCCUGCUGCCUUCCGUGCGUCUCUUCCGGAUGAUAACGAGCGUCAAGACCGCUUUAUUAACCAGAAGAUCUUAAACCUAUCCCGUGGCACUUCAAUUGUGCUUCUAGCGAUCUACAUCUGCUUUUUGAUUUUCCAACUAGGCACGCAUUACACCCUUUUCGAGCAGCAAGAGGAAGACGCACAGGGGGUUGUCGAGACUCACAAAGUGACCCAGACAUUGUCUGUCAGAUCGUCAUUGUCCUUUCUAUUCGCCACCACCGUUUUGGUUUCCAUUUGUGCCGAUUUCCUGGUGGGCAGCAUUGAUGACAUUGUUGAAAGCUCGGGUCUCUCCAAGACGUUUAUUGGUUUGAUUAUUAUCCCAAUUGUGGGUAACGCUGCAGAACACGUCACCUCGGUGAUCGUAGCCAUGAAGAACAAGAUGGACCUUGCAUUGAGCGUGGCAAUUGGCUCGUCUUUGCAAAUUUCGCUCUUCGUUACACCAUUCAUGGUUUUGGUUGGCUGGGCCAUUGACGUGCCCAUGACCCUCAAUUUCUCCACUUUCGAGACUGCAACGCUUUUCACUGCUGUGUUUUUGUCCAACUACCUGAUCUUGGACGGUGAGUCCAACUGGCUGGAAGGUGUCAUGUCCUUGGCAAUGUACAUGCUUAUCGCCAUGGCCUUUUUCUACUAUCCAGACCAAACACUUGUUUAG